AUGGAAUCCAACAAGACUCUGCCACCUGGCACGGUUCGCCUCAUUGACAACGACCGCACCCUCAGCACGAAACAUGGAAAUGGCUCCGAACAGGAUAUUGUGCUCGUUCCCACACCUUCAGAAGACCCCGAGGAUCCGCUCAACUGGACAUACCGACGCAAAAUGCUCGCGACAUCCUGCGUGAUGAUGUACACUCUCAUGAUAGCUCUCCCCUCGGGAUCCGUCUAUUCCGUGGUGAAACCCAUUGAGAAAGCCACCGGGCUCACGCUCAACGACUUGAACACCGGCACGGGCGUCAUGUUCCUCGCAUAUGGCUGGGCGUGCGUGGUCUGGCAACCCCUGGCAUUGCAAUACGGCAAACGUCCCGCCUACUUGUUCUCCAUGCUGGCUUCCAUUGCCAUCAUGACGAGUGCUCCCUGGUGUACGACCCGAAGCACCUAUCUCGCCAACAAGGUGUUGCAAGGUUUCUUUGGAGCUCCCGUCGAGGCGCUCUGUGAGAUUAGUAUUACGGAUAUUUGGUUUGCGCACGAGAGACCCAAGUAUUUGGCCUGGUAUGGGUUUGGACUGAGUGUCACGGGGAAAUUGGCGCCCAUGUUGGCUGGGUUUAUUAAUGAUGGGCAGGAUUGGAGAUGGGUGUUAUGGUGGACUGCGAUUUGGAUUGCGAUUGCUUUUGUCUAUUGCUUCUUUUUGAUGGAGGAAACAAACUAUGAUCGCACACACCACACCCCGACUCACGCUCCCGCAAGUGAAGUCGUAGUCUCCGAACUCACCUCUGGCAUCAACUCCACCACCGUCCACGAAAAAGACUCCAAACCCCUCGAUGCCCUCUCUUCUUCCUCCACCUCCGACCGCGAACCCGGCCAAAUUCUCCCCCUCUACCCUCGCAAAUCCUACUGGCAAAAACUCCGGCUAUUUCCAUACGCCAACAACAACAAAUCCCGUCCCAACCGCAUGUUGGACAUUUUCCUCGCCCCCUUCAAAGGCUUCACGUACCCCGUCAUUGUCUACGCGGGACUCAUGUACGGCGCCAACGCCCUCGUGUGGUCCGGUGUACAAAACGCCACCACCGGAACCGUCUACACGACUCUCUACGGCUUCUCCACCACGGGCAUCGCUGCAGCGUACUCAGCAGGUGUCAUUGGAGCGAUUCUGGGCGGCUACUAUUGUGGCAAAAUGGGCCGAAUCCUCACGGUCAAAUUGGCCAGACAAAAGGGCAGAGACGGGAUUAGUGAGCCAGAGGAUACGUUGUACAUGUUUGUGGCUUCGAUGAUUCUUGUUCCGUUUGCCAUGUUGUUGUAUGGAUUGGGAGUCACGUAUCGUGUUCAUUGGUUUGCGUUGGUGUUUUCCCAGGGCGCGUUGGCUGUGAGUAAUUGUCUGUGUGUGGCCGGUGGGAUUGGAUAUGCGAUUAGUUCGUAUCGGGAGUUGAGUGGGGAUAUGGUUACGACGUUGAUUUUGAUACGGAAUACCUUGAGUUUUGCGGUGAAUUAUGGAAUUACACCCUGGUUGAAUGCAUUAGGAUAUCGAAAUACAUUCAUCAUGGUCGCCGUGAUUGGUUUUGCAUGGAAUGCUUCACUGUUCAUCAUGGUGAGGAUUGGACCACGUCUGCGCGCUUCCAGUGCAGAGCGAUAUUGGAAGGACGUGGCCAAGGCUCGAGCGAAGGGGUUAGGGCAUUGAUUCGAUUUUGAUUCGAUAGGGCAGGUGAUAGAUAGUUGGAUGAUAUUCUAGAGUUUGCG